GAGCCUGCAACUGCAAGUGACAAACCGGCAAAGCUCAGCAUGCCGGCCAGCGAUAGAACCGCUGCACAACAAAUCAAUCAAUCGCUAAACACCUUUCGAUUUGAUUUCACCAUCAUCCUUCAUUGAAUUAAUUAUUCUAAAACCUUCUUGAUUGUGACGGAGAAGAUAAUCUGGGAUUCGACUUCGAUUUCUCCCCCAGGUGGAGAUGCUCUCCAAGUCCCGAUUACUGACAUUUUCAUCGACCUUCAUUGCAAAGAACAUCUCUUCUCCGCCAAUAGCCAAGCUUCGAUCUCCAAUGGAAAUGGAAUCGGCGACGUCGUCUGCCAAAUUGCUUUUUAGGCAGCUGUUUGAGAAGGAGUCGUGUACAUAUACUUACUUACUCGCAGAUGCUUCUCACCCUGAUAAACCAGCACUGCUGGUUGAUCCUGUAGAUCGCACGGUGGACAGAGAUAUUUCCCUCGUGAAAGAAUUGGGAUUGAAGCUUAUAUAUGCAAUUAAUACUCAUGUACAUGCUGAUCAUAUCACCGGGACGGGCUUGCUUAAGAAUAAAAUUCCUGGUGUUAAAUCUAUCAUCUCAAAAGCAAGCAAUGCAAAAGCCGAUCUUCUUGUCGAACCUGGUGACUUAAUUUAUUUCGGUGGUCUUUUUCUGGAGGUACGUGCUACGCCAGGCCACACUCAAGGCUGUGUUACCUAUGUCACGGGUGAUGGACCGGAUCAGCCUCAGCCACGGAUGGCUUUCACAGGUGAUGCUUUGUUGAUACGUGGUUGUGGCAGGACAGAUUUUCAGGGUGGAAGUUCUGACCAGCUUUACAAGUCAGUUCAUUCACAGAUCUUCACAUUGCCGGGAGACACACUGGUGUACCCUGCUCACGAUUACAAAGGAUUCAGCGCAAGCACUGUGAGAGAAGAAAUGCAGCACAAUCCCCGUCUGACAAAAGAUGAGGAAACCUUCAAAAACAUCAUGGCAAAUUUGAACUUGUCGUAUCCAAAGAUGAUAGACGUCGCCGUGCCUGCCAACAUGGUCUGCGGCUUACAAGAUAUUGAGGCAAAGGCCGCGGCAUGAAAAAGGGACAUCGCCGUUACUUACAAGGUACUGUAUUCUCUGGGCAGAGUGUUGAGUUAUUGCCUUGAGCCUAUUAUAAUAAUUGUGUCAUUAUGUUUCGAAUAAGAAGCUUUGGCCUAUUGUACAAGAAUGAUCCAAGAUCUUCUCUAGAUGAAGUUUUUAGCAGCAUGAACAGAGCCUUUGCCAAAAAUUGAUAUUCAACUUUUGCAAUGUCCCUUUUUCAUGUUCCA